GAGAUCACACAAACAUUCAAAGAGCUAUCAGUGACUCGUAAUUGAAAGUUUCAUCUUUGCCAAGUCUUCUGCUUAGCACUCUGGUUUUUGUGGUUUUGUGGUUGAGGUUCACAAGAGCAAGGCUAUAUAGGGCAGACCAACUACAACUGGAUGCCGGUAGGAGCCUUCAUAUGCAUUUUUUCUUCUUCUUUCUUUUUAGCCUUUUACAAUUCUUAUGUGUUUGAGAAAUGAAAAUCAAGGCUCUGGGAGGCUUUCAUACGUCUAUCUACAUAGUGGUAAAGCUCUACCGUUUACAAAUUAGUUUCCCAGCUCAAGGAAGAUGCAAGUCCAGUUGAGAGUCUUGCAGAUUCCAUAUUGGCAUCCAUUUCAGAAAUCACAGAAUUGGUAGUAAGCAUCGAGGUGGAACACGAAAAUUUCAUUGAGAUUGCUUGCUACCUCUAUCGGGCUUCUAUGGCCAUAAUGGAGUUGAAGAUGACUGACACCUGCCCAGAAAAUGCAAUGGAAAUUCUUCAGUCUAUUUCCAAAAGUGUUAAUCUGGCCAAAGAUCUUGUGGAGAGAUGCCAAAUAGGCAUCCAACCAUUUUCAGAUCCUGAACUGAGAAUCAUUAUAGCACAGCUGGAGGAGGUCAUUAAGCACAUAGGAGAAUGCCUGAGCUUGAUACCGCCCUCCACAUUUGGAGACCAACAAUAUGCAGAAGUUGCAGUGCGGUCGCUUUCAAAGGAGAUGCAGAAUGCUCAUUUUGAAGCUCAAACAUCUGAGACCAAUGAACAAGAUACAAAGAUGCUGUCCUUGGAAGAGCAACCAAAGGAAAAACAAACACCAAAAGAAGAAACAGAUCUCUACUCUAUAGAUUUUGAGGUUUCCAUGGAGAAUCCUCAGCUCUUAAAUACACCUCAGCUGAUUGAAAUACUUAAAAGCACAAGUUGGGUCAGCAAAAGAAAACAUGGGAGCAUGAGUGGAUCAUUAACAACAUUUCCACAGGUGGGUGAGUACAUGGAGCCUCUGUAUGAGACUUUCUUCUGCCCACUGACAAAGAAGAUCAUGGAUGACCCGGUAACCAUAAGAAGUGGAGUGACCUACGAGAGGAAAGCAAUUGUUGAGUGGUUUAAGAAGUUCAACGACUCGGAAGAAAUUUUCUGCCCAAUCACUGGACAAAAGUUGAUGAGUAAAUCUUUCAAUGCCAACAUAGCUCUAAAAUCCACAUUAGAGGAGUGGAAGGAAAGGAAUCAGGCAGCAAGGAUUAAGGUUGCGCGUGCAGCAUUGUCCUUGGCUAGUUCAGAGAAUAUGGUACUUGAAGCAGUAAAGGACGUGCAAAGUAUCUGCCAAAGGAACCCUUACAGUAAGGUGCAAGUUCGGAGUGUUGGAAUUUUGCCAUUGCUUGUUCAGUGUCUGGAGUACAAAGACAAAGAUGUUAGAUGUGCAGUGCUGGAACUUUUGAGGCAACUGGUGGAGGAUGAUAACGACAGCAAGGAAAUGAUUGCGCAAACAACGAAUAUUUCAACUAUAAUCAAGAUGCUUUCUAGUAGUCACCAGUCCAUAAGGCAUGCAUCAUUGCUAUACUUGCUUGAUCUUUCAAGAUCACAAUCAUUAUGUGAGAGAAUUGGAUCAGUCACUGGAGCAAUCCUUAUGUUGAUCAGGAUUAAAUAUAGACGGUCUAUUGAUGCCUUUGCUUCAGAAAAAGCAGAUGAAAUCUUAAGGAAUUUAGAGCAUUCGCCAAAUAACAUAAAAAACAUGGCAGAAAAUGGACUUCUGGAACCCCUCCUAAAGAAUCUUACUGAAGGUUGUGAAGAGAUGAUGAUGGAAAUGGCAAGUUACCUUGGGGAAAUUGUUCUUGGACAUGACAGCAAAACUUAUGUUGCUGAGAGGGCCUCUCCUGCUCUCAUCAAAAUGGUACAUAGGGGAAAUACCCUGACCCGAAGGGCAGCAUUCAAAGCUCUAGCACAACUCUCAUCAUACCAGCCAAAUGGAAAAAUACUUGAAGAAGCAGGAAUUGUGCAAAUCAUGGUUGAAGAGAUGUUCAUUCGAAAUAUUCAAAAUGAGCCAAUGAAUUCAAAAAAUGAAGCAGUUGCAAUCCUUGCAAAUAUACUUGAUGCUGGGAUUGAGCUUGAGAACCUCCAGGUUAAUUCUCACGGUCACACCAUGACUUCAGACUAUGUGGUGUGUAACAUCAUGUACAUGCUCAAGAACUCAACCUCAGAUGAACUAAACAACAACCUCAUCAGAAUUCUUUUGUUUAUUGCUAAGAUCCCCAGAUGUGCAGCCACCAUUGUCUCACUGGUAAAAGAAACUGAAGCAAGCUACACCCUCAUUGAAUUCAUCAAUAACCCACAUGAAGAACUUGCCAUUGCCGCGACCACGCUACUAACUGUUCUUUCACCCCUUAUGGGCAAUGUGCUAGCAGAAAGACUCUGCAAAACCAGAGGACAGCCUGAGGAUCUUGUCCAGAGCCCAACUGAUACAACCCCCAUCACCGAGAAGCAGGCAGUUUCAGCAAAAUUUCUAGCUCAACUUCCCCAUCAAAACCUGACGCUCAACCUAGCUCUUCUGUACAAUAAUACAGUGCCUACAAUCCUAGAAGCAAUCAGUCAAAUUCAAAAAAGAGGAACAAGAUCAAGCAGGUUCGAAAGCGCUUACUUAGAAGGUCUAGUAGGCAUUCUAGUCAGAUUCACAACAACAUUAUAUGAACCCCAAAUACUGUUUUCAGCAAGAACACACAAUUUUACAGCAGUAUUCACAGAACUACUCAUACAACCAUCAAGUGAUGAAGUUCAGAGGUUAUCAGCAAUUGGGUUGGAGAAUCUUUCUACAGAGUCAAUAAGAUUAUCCAAACCACCACAAAUCAAGAGAAAGAAGUUGUUCUACCUGCCCAAGUAUCUAUUCUGUGGCUCAUCAAGGAGGAGGAAAAUACCACUGUGCCCGAUUCACGGAGGGGUCUGUUCUUCACAAAACACCUUCUGCAUAGUUGAUGCAAAGGCAGUUGAGAGGCUAUUGGUUUGUCUGGGAAAUGAGAAUGCAGAGGUUGUGGAAGCUGCAUUGUCAACUAUAUGCACUUUGUUGGAUGACAAAGUUGAUGUGGAGAAGAGUGUGAGCAUGCUGAGUGAGGCAAACGCUGUGCAACAUGUUUUGAAUGUGGUGAAAGAGCACAAGGAAGAGGGGCUGUGGCAGAAGUCAUUUUGGGUGAUUGAAAAGUUCUUGAACAAAGGUGGGGAUAAGUCUGCUUCAGAUAUAUCAAAUGACAGGGUGUUGCCUGCCAUACUGGUGAGUGCUUUUCAUCAUGGAGCUGGAAAUACCAGGCAGAUGGCUGAGAAGAUUUUGAGGCAUUUGAAUAAGAUGCCCAAUCUCUAUACUUCCAACUAUACCAUGUAAAACCGUCUGUCUACUCUCAUGGUCAUACAUUGUAAUGGUGCUUUUCAGGAACUGUCAACUGCCAACUGCCAAUUGGCAACUGUCAAAUCUGUGUGCUCCAAUAUAUUAAAAAGUCAUGCUCACAGCAAGCAUGCCAUGUUGUAAAUAGUAAAUGAAAUUUUAUUAUUUUGGUUCCUCACUAAUAGUAACGGAUGUGACUGGAUGGAGUGUC